AUGUGGACGUCCGUGACCCAGGAUCAGAUCGAUGUACUAGCCAAAGAGGCUUUCUUACCGAUAGUGUUGUUACUCAACUACACGCUACUGGUAUACCUCGCGAUGUUCUACUGGACACGACGACGAGAGCGUCGAGUCAUGUUGCUGCUGUUUGUCGGGACUCUGGGCACCGUUGCUACGAUUCCCUUCGCAAGACCCGAACAAGGAUUCGUGGAAACAGUUAACGACAUCUCUGAAGCUUGCUGCGUCUUGACUUUUCUGCUACAAAUUACAAUUAUUGGGUACGACUUGAACAAAAAGUUCAAAAUACGCUCCGUCAUGUACCUCACGUACGUCGGCGAACUCUUGAUCUUGGGCGACCUUGUCUCCAUCCUGCUCUCUUGCGUCGUGGUCUUCGACUCCGACGUAUUCUCAGAACACACGGUUCAAGUGAUCUCUAACAUUGCAGAAAAUGCGAAUUUGGCCUUCAUUUUUGUUUUCCGCUUCUAUUAUAUCGGUAUAUCCCGCGGAUGGAGAAGUAUCUGGAGAACGAGAAAGUUCGAAGUGGCCUGCUAUGUGCUCUUUGCAACGCAUGAAAUGCCUUUUAAUGUCUUGUCCACUGCCAGUGGACUCAAUUGGGAGUUCGCACAGGCGAUUUGGCACCGAACAACCCUGACAGCUUGUCUGUAUAUUACGGCCCGGGCUAAGACAAGACAGCACCGAACGAGUGGUGGAAACACGAUAACUCGUACUAACGCCAGCUCAGCGUACAGCGGGAGAGAGAAAUGGAACAACGAUACCGUUUUUAACAAUUCCCGAGGGAAUCUGCGACGCAUUUUGGACGGAAAAGUGUUGCCAACCUUUGAUAUUAUUCGCAAAUCGGUUGGGAGAUCAGAUCGUUCUGGCGGUCGGCGAAGCUCUACGGGACUACAUUCACUUACAGUCGCUUCUUUAAAGCCCCAUGACACCCAAGAAACAUGA